UUUAUUUAUUGUAUAUUGAAUUCAAAGUUAAGUCGGUGUAUUUCGUGAACCCAGCUACACAUGCAGGCUUGCAGGAGACUGGUUUGGUGUGCCUUGCUCAAGGAGACCAUCUUUAUCAAUAUUUCUAUCUGAUUGUUCGCGUGUUGAAGUACGUACAUUCUGAAUACAUAUAAACAUGCCAUUUGUCUUCUCUACUCAGAGAAAGACUUUUAUACGCCAUGGAAUUAAAUAUUGUCUGCAAAACAGAAUCCUAGUGAUUGACUGAACUAUUAUUCCCUGUUGGGAAGGAUUUUGCCCCAAAAAGUCUAUCUGCUUAGCUGUUAACAAAUAGCAAGGAUUAGCUCUACAAUCAUUGGGACAGUGAGCGCUGAGGUAUUAGUGGUCGUGUCUAAGCUGGAUUUAAAACGAACAGACCGUUCGUCUUGACUGGAAGAUCGCAGGAGUGUCGAGUGGAAGGAGAAGGGAGCGCAGCAAGACUUCAUGCCUUGGCAUCGACAUUCAGGCCAUGGAAAUAACACUGAAGGCUUUUCCUAUGAAGGUUGUCAAUAUUCCUUGGAGGAAUAACAACCUGAGUAAUCUGCAUUCAGAGCCUCCGCUGUCUGAACAUGGAGAGACCAUCAUUGGAAUCUACCUGCUGGUCUUAGGCUGGCUGUCUUGGUUUGGAAACAGCCUCGUGAUGUUUGUCUUGUACCGACAAAGGGCUUCUCUACAACCGACAGAUUUCCUCACUUUAAAUCUCGCCAUCUCGGAUGCCAGCAUCUCAGUAUUUGGUUACUCCAGGGGGAUUUUGGAAAUAUUCAAUAUCUUCAAGGAUGAUGGGUUUCUAAUCUCCUGGAUUUGGACCUGUCAGGUGGACGGUUUCUUCACAUUGCUGUUUGGGCUGUCGAGUAUCAACACUUUGACCGUUAUCAGUGUCACCAGAUACAUUAAGGGAUGCCACCCCAACAAAGGUUGCUGCAUCAGCAUGAACACCAUUGCAAUAUCACUCAUCUGCAUCUGGACCGGAGCAGCAUUUUGGUCGAUUGCACCAUUGCUGGGCUGGGGCAGUUACACAGAUCGAGGAUAUGGAACUUGUGAGGUGGACUGGUCCAAAGCCAAUUACUCCACUAUCCACAAGUCUUACAUCAUCUCCAUUCUCAUCUUCUGCUUCUUCAUUCCUGUGAUGAUCAUGCUCUCCUGCUACAUUUCCAUCAUCAACACCGUCAAAAGCACUAACGCCAUGUCAGCCGAAGGUUACCUCACCGCCCGCCAAAGGAAGGUGGAGAGAGACGUGACAAGGAUUUCCAUUGUCAUUUGCACAGCUUUCAUCAUGGCCUGGUCACCGUACGCAGUCGUCUCCAUGUGGUCUGCCUGGGGGUUCCAUGUGCCAAACACAACCAGCAUCAUCACCCGCCUCUUUGCCAAGUCGGCCAGCUUCUACAACCCGCUCAUCUAUUUCGGCAUGAGCUCCAAAUUUCGCAAGGACGUGUGCACCCUCCUGCCGUGCGUCGGGGAAAACAGAGAUGUGAUCCGUCUGCAACGCUUUAAAAACAUCAAGCUUAAGGCUCAAGCCGCCCCUCCACCCGCACCACUUCCUGCCCAGGUACUGGAGGCCAAAUACACAGUGAAAGACAUGAUGCGAUACAAUCCUGACAGUGACUCGGGAGUCAACAGUCCUCCUCGGACUCCUCCGUUUGAGAAACAAGAGAUCUUCCAUAUUGAUUUGCCCUCGCAUAUCGAAACAUCAGAGUAUUGCUGUGACAGACUCUAAAGACCGGGCAGGCCAUUCUACUUAAACACAUAUAUGACUUAUGAGGGAAGAUUAAAGAGAGUUUUCUAUUUUUUUUUCUCUUAUCCAUCUUUAUAAGGAUGUAAAAUCCAUUAUUACUCUCAAUAAAUAAUUUUUUGU